AUGGCAGUCCUACCUGAGGUAUUUUCACCACUGAGUUCAAAGAAAAAUACCCGUCGACAUCAUGGGACGAGAUGGAGGAGUUCUACAAGCGGACCGGUGUCAAGAUAUGGAUGGCAUUUGAACCCAGUUCUUGUUGAAGCGGCUGGCUCGAGGGCCGACUGGACGAGCUCUUUUGGACAGAAUGUCGUAGCACCCGUUCUCGGCCUUCUUUCACUGCGACGUGCUCUCAGAUCUCGCUUGAUGCUCCCAGAUGGAACGCCGUGUUACCCUGGCGCUGAUCUUCUCCCCAUGACAAUCGUUACAGAGGAGCUCAACUUCGACAGAAAGCGCCAGAACUACAUUCAAGACCAUGGAAGAACCUGCGCAACGAACUCAUUCAUCCCUGGGCACGGAGAAAAUUUCACUGCAAGCCGAGGGAAUAUGAGCAGUUCGCAGCAGGAAGGGUCAAUUAACUUCCCCGCAUAUCGCGAAGGGAUGUUGAUUGCGUAUGACUGGCGCAAUUCCGAUAUUCUUUACAGCAAUGUCGAGGAGAUCUUUGGCGCAGACGCGAACACUAUUGAGACUGCCAUUAAUGCCUUUCGUGAUGGAAAUAUUCCGCCUAGCUCGCAGCUGCAGCGUCAUAGUGGUCCCAAAGAGAAGGGUAAAGGCCCGACUGUCAGCGUCGACCAUGUCCAGACGCUACUCUCAUACGACCAAAACGCCGGCCUCGACUAUUUCUUCACCCGGACAUGCUUGGAUCCCGAUGUGAAUGCCCCGACUGGCCGCGGUGGAUGGCUCAACUGGUUGUGCGCAACCAGUCCUAUACUCGCUCGAUGUCUCGAACUCGCACACAAAUAG